AUGUCGCAAGAGAUCAUUCUGUUGGCAACCUCCGCCGGCGGCCUGGGAUUGAUUGGUUUGCUAUCGGCACCGUCCGUCAUCAGUCUCGCCGGACAACUGAGGAAUCGAGAGCCGCCGACGGAAAUUUACGAAGAUGAAGACGGCAAAUCAACACCAGAGGCCGUCAAGGCUUAUAGCGCCAAGGUCCCGAAAGUCUUUGUUUUGCUUUUCUCUCUGAUUGGUCUCGGCUUGUCCAUCGCCCUGGCCGUGCUCUCUACCAUUGGCGAGAGCCACAGUCUAUUUCUUCAGAACUGGUUGAGCGUAGGCACAUGGGCUCUGUUAACCUUCCAAGCUGUAUGCAUUGCUUCUAGCCGAAAGUCCAGGACUGCUCACAAUCUAGGUAAAAUAUCGGCCUUGUCUGCCUUGCUCUUGGUAGUAGUUCUUGUUAUACAGGAUGACGAGGUCGCCCCGCGUCUAAUCAAGCAUGAUUUGCUCAUAUUCGCUUUGCGCAUUGUCGAGGUCGUCAUACUCAUCGGUCUUGCUUUGUCCAGCGUUUCCAUCCCGCGCAGACCCGAUGUUUAUCACAAUGGCAAGAUUGUAGACAGAUAUUACACCGAAUCCUUCUGGAGCCAUUUGAACUGGAGUUGGCCUGCCGAUGUCCUACGCUUGGCUCUCAAGAAGAACAACCUCGACUUGGACGACCUCCCCAGGCCAGACCAUUACAGUCGUGCCAAGGAGACCACCCUGGACUGGGAAAGCCGCAACUUCAAAGGUCCACUCUGGAUUUCUAUCAUUGCCGCUCACAAGUGGAAAUUCGCUCUUCAGUGGUUUACAACGCUUGUUUCGUCCUUCCUCAAUUUCGCCCCACAAUGGUGUGUAUUGCGGCUUCUCAUCAUCUUGGAGAACCGAACGUCGAACGAGCCAUUGGGGUACGAUACCUGGAUGUGGGUGGUCUGGAUCGGCGUCUCCAUGAUUGCCCAAUCGUGGGUCGAAGCCUACAUCUUCUGGCUGUCCUGGGCCGAACUCUGCAUUCCUCUACGAGCUCAGCUGUCUUCUUUAAUCUUCAAGAAGUCAAUGCGGAGAAAGGACGUCAAAGGCGCCAGCAAGAAGAAGGAAAAGGCCCCCGAGUCGUCAGAUCCGCUUGUUGCUGCACCGUCUGGCGCAGUACCUACCAGCGAUUCUCCUCAGGAGGAAACGAGCGAGGAAAGCGAAGAGGAACAGCUGAAGAAGAGCAAGCAAUCAACGGUCAACUUGAUUGGCGUCGAUGCCAAACGCGUCUCCGAUUUCAGUUCGUUCAACUUCUACUUCCCGGGAAGCGUCUUCAAGCUUGUCGUCUCCCUCGCCUUCUUGGUCAAUCUGCUCGGUUGGAAGGCUCUCGUGGCCGGAUUUUCAACCAUGCUUGCCAUCACGCCAGUAAACAUCUAUUUCAGCAGGAGAUACUCGGCUGCACAAGAUCGUCUGAUGAAAGUCAGGGAUGAGAAAAUGGAGGUUGUCUCGGAAGCACUUCAGGGCAUCCGACAGAUCAAGUUCUCGGCACUUGAGCCGCAAUGGGAAAACAAGAUUGGCGAAGUAAGAGAAAGGGAGUUGAAAUGUGUUUGGGACGCCUUUUUCAACGACACCAUGCUGAUCGGAUGCUGGGUCACAAGCCCCAUCAUGCUUGCUGCAGUUUCCCUCGCAGUUUAUGCUGCCGUCCAUGACAAGCUGCUCCCGUCGGUUGCCUUUGUCAGUUUGGGCGUCUUUAGAGCGCUCGAAGUCACGCUUUCUGUUAUUCCCGAGUUGACAACCGAUCUUCUAGAUGCAUGGGUAUCAGUGAAGCGAAUUGACGAUUACCUGAAUGGCGCAGAAAUCGAGGACCUUAUGGAAGAGGCCGACGAGGUUACUUUUGAUAAUGCCAAUAUUGCAUGGCCUGCUGAUAAGACGGACGAUGACCCUGAUAGGUUUGUUCUCCGCAAUGUUACAGUCACGUUUCCCAAGGGCGAGCUCUCGGUCAUUUCUGGAAAAACGGGCGCUGGAAAGUCACUCAUGCUUGCUGCUAUUCUUGGCGAAGUCGAUGUCUUAUCCGGUUCCAUCAGCGCACCAAAGGCACCGCCUUUGAGCCAACGUCAUGACGCCAAGGCCAACGCAAGCAACUGGAUUCUACCUGGGGCCAUUGCUUAUGUCGCCCAGAUUCCCUGGAUCGAGAAUGCCACAAUCAAGGAAAACAUCCUCUUUGGGCUUCCGUUCGAUGAGGCGAGAUACCACAAGACCAUUGAAGUUUGUGCCCUGAAGAAGGACAUCGAAAUGUUCUCCGACGGAGAGCGCACGGAAAUUGGUGCCAAUGGAAUCAAUCUAUCUGGAGGUCAAAAAUGGCGAAUCACUUUGGCAAGGGCCAUUUACUCACGAGCCGGCAUACUUGUUCUCGACGAUAUUUUCAGUGCUGUCGAUGCUCAUGUUGGCCGCCACAUCUUUGAAAAGUGUCUAAACGGCGAGCUGUGCGCGGGGCGAACCAGAAUUCUGGUCACUCAUCACGUGGCAUUGUGCGAACCAAAGACCAAGUAUCUGGUAGAGCUCGGAAACGGUGUUGUUCUCAACGCUGGUCUACUCUCAGAACUCGAUGAGGAUGGUGUGUUGGAGCAAAUCAAGAGCCACCAGUCGACUGCCGAGAUACCAAUGGAUGAGGAUACGACGGCGGUCAAUUCAGAGGAGACUUCUCAGAUUGACGACGAAUCGACCGAAGUGCCUCUGGCAAAAAUUCCCUCCAAUGCGCAACAGGCCCGCAAAUUUGUCGAAGAGGAGGGUCGCGAGCAAGGCGCUAUCAAGAAACAUGUCUAUGCUACUUAUCUGCACGCGACUGGAGGCUGGUUCUUUUGGUCCACCGUCUUUGCAUUUUACGUCGUCGUCCAAGGCUUGACCCUUGGUAGGUCUUGGUGGUUGAAGAUCUGGACAGGAACCUACGAGGAGGAGACUAUCCAAAAUCACACGCAACAGCACGCCUAUGCAUACUCGCUCAACCUCCAACAGGUAUCGUCUCAGCAGAUGAUGCAGCCCCUCAGGAUGCAAGAUGAAAGGGGCCUCGUCUUCUAUCUGGGUAUCUACGUCCUUCUAGCGGUUGCGAGUGCUAUAUUGGGAACUGUCAGGUACUACUACAUCUUCCAGGGCUCCAUCCAGGCAUCCAGAACGCUGUUUGCCAAGCUCAACUUUGCCAUUUUGCGGGCCCCUCUUCGAUGGCUCGACACUGUGCCCGUUGGCAGAGUUCUCAAUCGAUUCACGGGCGAUUUCCACAGUGUCGACACUCGCCUGGCUUAUUCGCUUGGAUUCGGUGCUGCCUCUUUCCUCAACCUCAUUGGUGUCAUUGUCGCCGGUUUAUUCGUCUCGCCCAUCAUCCUUGUCUUGGCCUUUGUCCUUCUUCUCAUUAGCAUCUACUACGCGAAGAGAUAUCUUCAUGGUGCCAGGCCUGCGAAGCGACUUGAAAGCACAACGAAGUCGCCCGUCUUUGAGCAGUUCGGAUCGGCUCUGAAUGGAGUCACCACCAUCCGUGGAUUCAACAAGGCACAGACCUAUGUGGACCGCAUGUAUGGCAAGCUCGACGACUGGACGAUUACAACCUGGCACAUGUGGCUUUUCAAUCGCUGGAUGGGAUGGCGCAUGUCCGUGGUCGGAUCGUUCUUUGCAAGUUUCGUGGCCAUUCUCAUUCUGCUGACCCCUGACAUGGACGCUGCGCUGGCAGGUUUUGCUCUUGCCUUUGCCCUGGACUUUUCCGGCACUGUCAUGUGGACCAUUCGUCACUACUCAAACAUUGAACUGGAGAUGAAUGCCGCAGAACGUGUGGUGGAGUAUAGUGAGCUGCCCACGGAGAAUCUUGGGGGAGAGAAACCGCCAGCUGCUUGGCCUACCGAGGGCCGGGUCGAGGUUGAUAACCUCGUGGUCAGCUAUGCUGCGGAUCUGUCACCUGUCCUCAAGGGGUUGACUUUUAGCGUCAACCGUAAUGAGCGCAUCGGAGUUGUCGGCAGGACUGGCGCAGGAAAGUCUUCUCUCACCUUGGCCCUGUUCCGCUUCCUCGAGGCACGCUCAGGAUCAAUCUACGUCGAUGGAGUUGACAUCUCCAAGAUCAGGCUGCAUGACCUUCGCUCGCGCCUUGCCAUUAUUCCUCAAGAUCCUGUGCUCUUUUCCGGCACAGUUCGAUCUAACCUCGACCCCUUUAACAACCACACGGACGAUGCACUAUUUGAUUCGCUUCUGCGCGUGCACCUGAUCUCCGAGGAGGAAACGGCACCAGGCACCCCUGUACCCGAGUCUGGAACUGAGAACGGAUCGAUUGCCAAGAAGAACACCAACAUCUUCCGCGACUUGUCCAGCCCCAUCUCCGAGGGUGGACUCAACUUGUCCCAGGGACAGAGACAACUGUUGUGUUUGGCUCGUGCCAUUGUCUCACGUCCCAAGGUCAUGGUUCUCGAUGAAGCCACGUCGGCGGUUGACAUGCACACUGACGCACUAAUUCAACGAUCCAUUCGGGAGGAGUUUGGCGACAGCACCCUGUUGGUUAUUGCUCACAGGCUAAGCACUAUUGCAGACUUUGACCGCAUUCUGGUCUUGAGUGACGGAAAGGUUGCCGAGUUUGGUACGCCCAAAGAGUUGUGGAAUAUUGAUGACGGAAAGGGCAUGUUCCGGGGCAUGUGCGAGGAGAGUGGUGAAAAAGAUAAACUCAGAGAUAUUUGCUUGGGUGUUGCAGGCGAACAGUAA